CCUUGUCGGCUUCUCUCUGAUUGGUCAGCCGUCUGGCUCAUCUCUUCCUCGUCGGUGAGCGGUCCCAGUCGGUUCAUGUUAAAGCGACCAGCAUUCUCGAUCCGUAUCAACCCUCUUCUUUCUCGGAGGAACGGCGUCCUCAGCAUGCAGGAGGAAAUCAGGCGUAAGAGAUGUCCCCUUAAACCAACAACACAGCAACAGACCGCCCAGAUGACUUCCCAGUCACAAUGACAACUAUCCAGGAGACAAAGGAGCUCUUCAGGAGAGCAGAUGCUGUCUGCUUCGAUGUGGACAGCACAGUCAUCAAAGAAGAAGGCAUCGAUGAACUGGCCAAAUUCUGUGGGGUGGGGGAUGUGGUCAGAGAGAUGACUCGUAAAGCCAUGGGCGGCUCGAUGACGUUCAAGAAGGCCCUUACUGAGCGUCUGUCCAUCAUCCGAUGUUCCAGAGAACAAGUAAACAAACUCAUAACGGAUCACCCGCCUCAGCUGACUCCAGGCAUAAAGGAGCUCGUGGACCGUCUGCACAAGCGCAACAUAAAGGUGUUCCUCAUUUCCGGUGGUUUUCGCUGUAUCGUCGAACACGUGGCUUCUCAGCUAAACAUCCCCCUGCAUCACGUCUACGCCAACCGACUCAAGUUCUACUUUAAUGGUGAAUACGCAGGUUUCGACGAAACUCAGCCCACAGCAGAGAGCGGCGGCAAAGGAAAAGUGAUAAGCAUGCUGAAGGAGCAGUACGGCUUCGAAACUGUGGUGAUGAUCGGAGAUGGAGCCACUGAUCUGGAGGCCUGUCCCCCAGCUAAUGCUUUUAUUGGAUUUGGCGGGAAUGUCGUCAGAGCUCAAGUCAAGGAGAGAAGUUCCUGGUAUGUGACGAGCUUCGAUGAGCUGCUCAAGGAGAUGGAGAAGAUUUAAAUAUGCUAGAGGAGUUCUGUUACUAAUUUAACCUUUUAUAUAUUUGCACCCAAAGGUGUGCCAGUCAAGCUUUUUAUCCAGUACACUCAAUAGACUUUUUUAUGAACAGACGUAUUUACAAUAGACAAACUUCACUUUAAUGUUUUUUGUACUAAAAAAGUUACCAAGUCCUGUGUGAGAGGACAUUAAGUUUUAGUGUUUUUGCACUUAUCACAUCAGAAUCUGAUAACUUGUAGGUAUUAUAUAGUGGCAUGUGCAAUAAGAACUGUACUAGAAAUGUGUUCAAUACUAAGAGAACUGUAACCUGACUUGACUGUCAAAAACUGUGGCGACUUCAGUCCUUUUAGGAGAAUCCCAAUUAAAAACCAGAACGUGCUGUAAA